AUGGGUCUCGCCUCGCGGUGGGCCGUUGAAGAAGACUUGGUAAAAGAAGCCCUCAAGCAAGACUCGCGUGUGAAAAAACAAUCUGACACCCCUAAAAAAGCCACUGCUCUCCCAUCAAAAUGGGCCGACGCCCAUCACGUUCCUCAAGGACCCAGAAAGAGUGCACCAAAAUCUACAGCCACUGAAUUAGAAGCCAAGAAUCAUAAGGACCCCGCGAGAAGAGGAAGGCGAAAAAGUGACCACAGAGUGCAGCACAAGCAGAAUGAGCUUGUUGAUCGGCAUUCAUUGAAGGAGCCAGUGAAGGAUCUUGCCCAAGACUUGGGUGCGAGACUAGACAUCAGAGAGAACAAACACAAAGACCACCCAAGUCCAAAACAUAGAGAUGCUCCUAGACACAAAGAAGGCGCUAAACACAAAGAGGGCCCCAAGCAUGGCAUUAAGCACAAGGAAGGCCCAAUGCACAAAGAUGAUACGAGCGACUCCCAUUUGCCGCACGAAAUACUUCAUGAAAAGGGCCCGAUGACGGAUGCUGCAAGGUCUUUAGCUUCUCGUAUUGGCACAGCAGGUGCUGUCUCGGCCCCGGGAGAACAAAAGAAAUACAUGACUCCAAUCCAGAAGCGAGAGGCGAGGUUAAGAGAAGAACGGGAGAAAAAGGCCGAGAAACUCAAGAAAGAACAGGAGUUGAAAGACGCACGGCUCCAACAGGAGGUUCGCGACUUGUUUGAGAAGAUGUCCGACAAAUCGAAGAGUUGGGCUGACAUAGAAGAUGAGGAUUAA